GUGAAUACAUGCGGCUGAAAUGACAGUGGUGUCUGUGAGAGUGAUUUGAGUUUUUCUGGUUUUCCUUCAGUCUGGACUUGACACGAAGACAAACAUGACUGAAUUCGGAAUAUAUGCAAAUCCCUUUGUCGGUGGCCAUCGUGCAGUUAGAGGCCUAGAGGCUAGGAAGCCAUUUCUGCGGUGCAUCUGAUCAUCUAAAUCAUAAAUACUGAGACUGAGCUCAACUUUCCUGGCCGCUUUGGCUGAGGAACACAAACACCACAUUCUUUGCUCUGAUUGGAUGGAGCUGACGCAUGGGAGAAUUUGCAUAUAGCAGGCUUUAACAGACACACACACACACACACACACACACACACGCGCCUCUGCACUGACAGGAGUGUAAAGAAUCCAGCAGAGAACAGGUAGGUCAUUGUGACUCGCUCUGUUUCAGACUAACCCCACACGGCCUACUGGACUGCAGGGUAUGCUGACGUUGCCUGGCUAAGAUGAAGAAAUCUGAAAAGGAAUCAGAAAUGAAAGUGUUCUCCGCUGCAGAUGAAUCCAAAAAUUCCCUCCGACGUUCGAGCCCUGAAAUCACCCUAAACCAAUUUCUUUACGCUGAACCACAUCGUGAAACAGUCACACCGAGCUGCUGCAUGGACGCGGAUUAUUUUUGCCAAAGCCAAUACAGAGGUGGACAAGUGAAGCAAGAGUCGAGGAGCUGGCCAGCUCCUGCGGUGCGGCAUCCAGAGCCGAUGGACCACAAACAGCCCGAAGAUACAGCAGGAGCAACCUUUGCCAGGAUAAAUAUCCAUCAUGAACCUCGUGGAAGCUUUGGCCCGUAUCCUGCAGACACCGGGCGGAGUGACACGGAAGGAGAGUGCAGCUGCUGGGACUGUGGACCAAACCAGCGUGGGACAGCGGAGCCUGCAAACAGAGACACAACCGGAGGGGAGUUUGAAUACAGUUCUCAGCCGCAGAGUGAUGAAGAAGAGCUUGAGCUUCCGUUGCCACUGAGAUCUGAUGACGAGUGGCAACACUCACAUCAGAGUCCCUUUCCACCUCCUCACCACAACGUGCACAACUAUGGCCUUCAUCAUACUAUGGAUGUCAGAUAUUACCCCUCUGCAGGAGAAGGGCAAACCAACAUCAGCCCACUCAACAGAUACCCACCUCAGCCAUGCCACCACACCUGGGGUGACCCUCAAACGUGCUUCAGGCUCCAACGUCAUGAUAAUUGUGUGAGUGGCAGCGUGACACAGCCAAGAGUGUCAGUUAAUGUGCCGCAGUUCUCCGUGCCGCCCGUGGAGGGAGUGUCCCAGGUCACCGUGAUGAACCUGAGCUCGGCCGGAGCGGAGGCAUCAGUGUCACAUCCACAUGAGGGAAGAAGAACCGUCAGUCUGCCCGAUGAGUGCCGAGACAUUUUUAUAACCUAUUCUUCGGACGUGUGCUCAGAGAUGGUUCCUUUUGUGGACCUCCUCACAAAGCAAGGCUUUCGACCAGCUAUUGACCUAUUUGAAAACCCCAUUGGAAGCAUGGACAUCAACAAGUGGAAGGACAGUUACCUAAAAGAUCCAUCAAUCCUGAUUAUCAUCGCCAUCAGUCCAAAGUAUAAGGCGGACAUCGAGGGAUCCAUGGUGGACAGCCAUGGUCUUCACACUAAAUAUAUUCACUCCAUGAUGCAGAAUGAAUUCAUCCAGCAAGGCAGCCUGAAUUACAGAUUCAUUCCAGUCCUCUUCCUCAAUGCCUCCCAGAAGCACGUCCCAGGUUGGCUUCAGAACACACAUGCUUACCGCUGGCCGCAGGACACGGAGGAUUUGUUACUGCGACUGCUGAGGGAGGAGAGAUAUGUUCCUCCUCCUGUACCGGUGGAGCUCACCCUCAUCAUCAGGCCUGUGGCCCCAAGUGCCGCGGCUACACCGUGAAGUUCUGUACCUGUGUUUAUGCGCCAGUAUACUGUAUGUGUUUGAUGUUUCUGCUUCUGUCUGAAUAUGUUCUGAGUUAUUGUGUAUUUAUGAUUAGGAUUGUGUAUUUUUAUAAUCUUCAACAUUGAUCCAGUACAAGUCAAUAAAGAUUGUGUUUUGGGUUAUACUGCA